UCACGAUGGUGGUGGAGCUUGAAGAUGAGGUCCUAAGGCCUAAAGGCGAGCAACGUUUCGUUUUUAAAAAAGUCUUGUUAUCUGGAAGUAACUAUUAAAGGCUUUAUUUGCCUAAUAAUUUUAAGAAAUUAUUUUAUUUCUUAAAUUAAAAUAUCCACAUUGGAGUAAAUUUACGUAGAUUGGCAGAAAUAUUACACAUUUUCAAAGUCCAGCUUAAAUUAUAUCUUUAAAAAUAUAUAGUAACUAUAGCAACCAAGGUCAAACAAACAGCGGCAAAAUAUGUUUCAAAAGUGGCAAGUGUGAAUAAUGAUAAUAAAUUAUUAAACAGGCAUAAACCUUACAACAGUUUUACUUAUGUAACAAAAUCUAUUUUGUUAACUUUAUUUUUGCGUUGUUUACAACGUGAAGUUUAGAGUUUAGUAAUGCGUUUACUUCGUCUUCGUUAAGUACCUACUUGAAUACGGAGAGCUAUAUAUUUUAUUUUUUCUGAUGGCUGAAGAAUGGCUCAGGAGCACAAAAGGAUGGAAGCGUUUGGACAUUCAGACAAGGACGGAGAAGUACCAUUCUGGCUGGAAGACAUUACCAAGGAGAUGAAAGAGACGCAUAUCAGAAACAGCAACGAAUCGCCUCCCACCCUCGAAAAGUCCAAACUUAACUAUCACAGCAAGCCUCAGAAUCACAGGUUAACAAGAAGGACAUCUUUGGACACCACAAUGGAUUUGCUAACCAAGCCUCAAAUGCAGCCGCUUGCCCAUUCCGCGGGCACCGUUCGGUACAGUAAAGGCUACUCCCAGAACGGCCGACGAAAGUAUCGCAAUAGUCUUCUAGACUGGGACGACACUAACGGUUCAUCCAACGACUUCCUGUCCGACCUGCUCCCGCACUACGUGACGCCCCGCCAUCGUCGCGAGGACCACGACUUUAACGACGUCAUACUUGGGACGAGACAGCAAGACAUCAAAACAGGCCGAACAAAAUCUAACGAUACGUCUUCAAGCAUUCACACUGGCUCACUUAAAAAAUACGCGAGUUACACCACCAAUCCGCCAAAGAAACCUGCAUCACUAAGUUCUGUGUCAUGUACAAGGAAUACCGACACUAAAAGUACAAAAGAGUGGUUAAAAAGCGAGUUUGUGAUACCCGAGUUGCCUGAAGGGAGGUUGUUGGAAGUGAAGAUAUACUCCAACUGGGGGGACAAGUACUUGGUUGGAUUGAAUGGCAUAGAGCUGUUUAAUUCUGACGGACAACUAGUGCCAAUCGAGAAGGUAUGGACGGAUUCAGAAGCCGGCGAUACCAAGCACGGUCGCCCUGAUGCAAUCGUGGAUGGAGUGGUACGAACAAGAGACGAUCGACAUUGCUGGACGACUCCGAUACCAAGGAGUGCCCCCAUAGUGCUUAGUUUACUCUUGGCUAACUGCGCCAUUAUAGCUUUGCUCAGAAUUUGGAACUAUAACAAGUCCCGCAUAUACUCUUCACGUGGGAUCCGCUUGGUGCAGAUCAAGUUGGAUGACCGCGUUAUAUUCCACGGUGAAGUUGCUCGUGCGAGCGGCGAGCUCAAGGGCCUCCUUCCUACGUUCGGUGACACGAUCCUCUUCACAAAAGACCCAUCCAUCCUCGAAGCCAUAAUGGUAAACGACAGGAACUUCCAAGCGCUCAUGCGAGACAACGAACCUAGCGACAUCCCAGCCGAUAUGAGGCCACCCACAGCCGAUGGGAGGGAUAGACUCAGUCCGAUGUUGAAUGAAUCCUGGGAAGAGCAAAAGGAGACCAAAUACGUGGCCAAGAAGAUUAAGAUAACGCUAAUGUCGACGUGGGGACAGAGGAACCUGAUAGGGCUGACAGGAAUCGAGAUCCUCUGCUACAGCUCCACCAUCCGCGUGCACCGCGCCUACGCCUACACUUCCCACAUUUCUGAAGACCGACUCGACCCAUCCAAGUUGCUGGACUGCAAAAGCCUGUUCAAUGGACGCAACAUAUCCACGGACUUUGAAGAUAUGUGGUGCACGAACUUUGUCUCGGGGAGCAUGUUCUGCCAUAUCGUCAUGGAGUUACCGGAGACUAGUGAGAUUACAUGUAUUCGCAUCUGGAACUACAAUGCCAACGUGGACCUGUCGUACAUCGGCGCCAAGCACUGUCGCAUCUCCCUAGACGGCAACCCUCUUCAGAGCCGCCCGAUAUUACUGCGUCGGGCCCCUGGGGAUACCUGCUACGAUUAUGUACAGCAGUUGGACUUGCAGGCUGAAGACCGGUUAGAAAUCCCAAAGGAUCUCGAGUACACGGAGCUCUCCUACAACGGUGGAGCAGAGCUGAGCGCGCCUACCGGCUUCGUUCUGCAGAUCAGCAUAUUCUCCACCUGGGGCGACGCUUACUACGUGGGGCUCACGGCGGUCGAGCUGUACGAUCCUAUGGGGAACCUCAUACCUGUUACUGAGACCAACGUGUGCGCGCACCCGGCAAGCGUGAACGUGUUGGACUCGCGCGCUCUGGACGUGCGGACCCCGGACAAGUUGGUCGACGGAGUCGUCUCGUGUGACGCGGCGCACUCCUGGCUCGCACCGAUCCUGCCGCACACACUAAACAGGGUAUUUUUCGUAUUCGACGCGCCAGUAUCAAUUUAUGGCAUAAAGAUAUGGAACUAUGGAAAAACUCCCUCGAGAGGUGUCAAGGAAUUUGGGGUGUUGAUCGACGAUUUGCUUCUGUUCAACGGCACGCUGGACUGCGCGAAGCCCGGCGACACGCUCGCGCCGCAGUGGAUCUGCCUGCAGAACAACGAAGACGAUUCCACGCCUAGCCCCCCUCCGCGCAGCACCACCUCGGGCUCGCGCGCCACCGCCGACCCCGCCGCGCGCCCCUACACCGGCGUCAGCCACCACCGACACUGACACCACCACGGGCACUGACACCACCACGGGCACUGACACCACCACGGGCACUGACACCACCACGGGCACUGACACCACCACGGGCACUGACACCACCACGGGCACUGACACCACCACGGGCACUGACACCACCACAGGCACUGACACCACACAACCAUUAACAUCUGUCAUCAUCAUAUCAGUCCAAAGAUAUCUGUACUGUUGGGACAUCGGCCUCGACCAAACGCAUCCGGACGUAUUCCCUCAUCCGACGGUUCCUAGUGGUCUUGACCAAGAUCACCUCUUUGAGGGCCUUGCCUUAUGACCUCCGCUUCACUGUCACCACUCGAGAGACUGACCCAGAGACGUAAGUUCUACUGUGCCCCGCCCACUGCCUCAAUGCUGUACCUCUCAGAGCUACGUCAACAAAAUACAUAUAAUAUAUAAUCUCAUCAAAAUAAACUUUUGAGAAAUCUACCAGAAAGAACCUUGUCAUACUGAUAAAGUUAACGAAAUGUUUCCUAAUAAGUAUUUCUAGCGUAGUCGCACUUGUCUCAUAGCUGUUGCCCCAUUUAACGUUUAUAGGUUUUGAACAUGCAAGUCUACAAAUAACCCUUUAUUGUCAGACCAAGCUAACUCGGCAGCUAUUUUGAUAGGAGUAGCACAUACUGUGCAAGUAUAAUUUAAACGUCAAAAUUUUAUAUAAAUUUGAGGAUGGGUGUGUGACUCUAUGACACUUCUAUCAAAACAUUUACCCCCUUAUUCAUAAACGUGUGCUAAAGUUACGACGCCGCUAAUCAUCGUUUGUCCCUUUCCAUCAUACCAAUACGUCGGAAAGGGACAAACGAUCGUAAGCGGCAUCGUAACUUUAGUACACGUUUAUGAAUAAGGGGGUUAAUUUAUAACCACCGUCCAAUAUUACCGUAACUCCAAUUGUAUAGAUGUGUUUUUGUUCAAUGUAUA